GACACUGUCGCCUGAAUACAACCACCUAAAGCCGAAUACAAGCUCAUUAUGUUUUCUCCUUGAAUCUACCUGCUUCUGCUUUCUGUCUGCAUGUAUCUUCCUGCACCUUUAAGACUGCAGCGUGUUUUGGCAUUGGUAGCAGCCUGUGAUAGGGUUAAUAGUUUGUUCUGUAAUGCUCAGAGGCAGAGAGGGUUAGCUGAGGGAUCAAUGUGAUUAAAGCUGCAGAAGAGCGAAGAUGUGCCUGCGUGCCUCCUUUAUGCCUGGAUGUGGAUGAAGAUUUUUUUUUUACUUUUUUUUGCUAUUCAGAUUUGGAGACUAAAAGCAGCAGAUGUGGACUGGAAUGCCAUUUUUUCACACACCUUAUUUUUUUUUCCUUUUUCUUACUUUUCACCUGUGGACUUACUGGUGUCUAUCUGUGCUAGCAUCACAGCUGGUUUCAACACUGGCACUUUCCUCUAUGCACAAUAUCUGAGCAGAAAAGCAAGAGGCAGAAGAAAAGAAACAACAAGAAAGAAAAACUACUUUGCUUUAAAGACAAUCAAAUACAUACACGCAUUCUGCAAGCAGCCACAGAGCUACCAGCAAAAUCAGCUGGACUGAUCUCCCUUAGCUUGCAACUCUAACCUUGCAACUGACAAAUAGGGAAAUAGAAGGCAAGAGGAAAGUGAGCAGAGCCAAGCACACAGCUGGGAGGAGAGAAAGGAGCAGGGCAUGUGGAUAUUGGCUAUCUUCUUUUUCCAGAGCAUCGUGAAUGUUUUCAGUGAUGAUCUACCUGCCAGCCUUUAUUUCGUCAAUGCAUCUUUGCAAGAGGUAGUGUUUGCCAGCACCACAGGGACAUUGGUGCCCUGUCCAGCAACAGGAAUCCCUUUGGUGGCUCUCAGAUGGUACCUCGUGACAGGAGAAGAAAUCUAUGAUGUCCCUGGGAUCCGCCAUGUCCACCCUAAUGGCACUCUCCAAAUCUUUCCCUUUCCCCCUUCAAGCUUUAAUAACUUAAUCCAUGAUAAUAUUUACUAUUGCACAGCUGAAAAUCCUUCAGGGAAAAUCAGAAGUCAGGAUGUUCAUAUUAAGGCCGUUUUACGGGAGCCCUAUACGGUCCGAGUGGAGGACCAGAAAGCCAUGAGAGGCAAUGUAGCGGUCUUCAAGUGCAUUAUCCCCUCCUCUGUGGAGGCAUACAUCACUGUUGUCUCAUGGGAGAAAGACACAGUUUCACUUGUCUCAGGAUCUAGAUUUCUUAUCACAUCCACUGGAGCCUUGUAUAUUUUGGAUGUGCAGCACGAAGAUGGAAUGUGUAACUACCGAUGUAUUACACGGCACAAAUAUACUGGAGAAACCAGACAGAGCAACAGUGCCCGGCUCAUUGUAUCUGCUCGAGUGGAUUCAGCUCCCAUCAUUCUGGAUAGCUUUGAACAUCGAAAAGCAAUGGCUGGAGGGCGAGUGGAGUUACCAUGCAAGGCAUCUGGAUACCCAUCACCCAAGUAUCGUUGGCUGAAAAAUACUGUGCCACUGGAACCAGAUACAAGAUUUAGGCAGACAGUUGUUGGACUACUAAUUGAAAACACACAGCCCGCAGACUCGGGAAAUUAUAUUUGCGAAGUGUGGAAUAGUCAUGGAAAUGCUGAGGUGGUUGGACGACUUUAUGUGAAACAGCCACUAAGUGCUACAAUCAGCCCACGUAAAGUGAAGAGCAGUAUAGGAGGUCAGGUCUCCCUUUCCUGUGCUGUGACAGGAGCUGAAGACUUCGAACUAUCUUGGUACAGAAAUGGUGAAAUCAUCAGUCCUGGAAACAAUGUGAAAAUUAGUGGAAAUAACAACGAGAAGCUAGUACUGGAUGGCAUGACCAAAAGCGAUGGAGGGGCGUACCAGUGCUUUGUAAGAAAGGAUAAGAUGUCUGCCCAAGAUUACGUGCAGGUUAUUCUCGAAGAUGGAACGCCCAAAAUCGAAACUCCCUUUAGUGAAAAGGUAGUAAACCCUGGAGAACAGGUUUCCUUGAUGUGUAUUGUAAAAGGGACCCCACUGCCAACUGUAACUUGGACCCUUGAUGAGGAUACAAUCACCAAAGACAGCAGUCACCACUUCAGCCAGAUAAUUACAUCCCAGGGUAAUGUGAUCAGCUACUUGAAUAUCUCCAAUGCUCAGGUCCAGGAUGGUGGAGUCUACCGCUGUGCUGCAAACAACUCUGCAGGAGUCGUCACAUACCAGGCUCGAAUAAACGUAAGAGGUCCAGCAAGCAUUCGGCCAAUGAAAAACAUUACUGCAAUAAAUGGUUGGGAUACUUAUAUUCAUUGUCGUGUGAUUGGUUAUCCUUACUAUUCAAUCAAGUGGUACAAGAAUUCCAAUCUGCUGCCUUUCAAUCAUCGACAGGUUGCUUUUGAGAACAAUGGAACAUUGAAACUGUCCAAAGUCCAGAAGGAUGAGGAUGAAGGAGAGUAUACCUGCCAUGUUCAAGUCCAGCAACAACUUUCUACAAGUCAGAGUGUGCAUGUGACAGUGAAAAUUCCACCUUAUAUCCAGCCUUUUGAGUUUCCAAGGUUCUCCAUUGGUCAACGAGUCUUCAUUCCAUGUGUCGUAAUCUCAGGGGACUUGCCUAUUACAAUCACCUGGCAGAAGGACAGGAAACCAAUACCAGCAAGCCUCAAUGUCACCAUUGACAACAUUGACUUCACCAGCUCCUUACGGAUAUCCAAUCUCUCUCUGAUGCACAAUGGGAAUUAUACUUGCAUUGCCAGGAAUGAUGCAGCAGCUGUGGAGCACCAAAGUCAAUUAAUUGUGCGAGUUCCUCCUCGAUUUGUGGUACAGCCAAGUAAUCAGGAUGGAAUUUAUGGAAAAUCAGUUAUCCUGAAUUGUUCAGCAGAGGGUUAUCCUGUACCUACAAUUAUGUGGAACUACUCAAAAGGUGCAGGUGUUCCACAGUUUCAGCCCAUUUCACUCAAUGGCCGUAUCCAGCUUCUUACCAAUGGAUCUUUACUUAUUAAGCAUGUUCUGGAAGAGGACAGUGGUUUCUACCUUUGCAUGGUCAGCAAUGAUGUGGGAGCAGAUGUCAGCAAGUCCAUGUUUCUCACUGUAAAAAUUCCUGCCAUGAUUACUUCCUAUCCAAAUCCUACAUUGGCAACACAGGGUCAGAAGAAUGAAAUGAGCUGUACAGCCCAUGGUGAAAAGCCCAUAAUAAUACGAUGGGAAAAAGAAGAUCGCAUAAUUAAUGCCGAAAUGCCUAGAUACCAAGUAUCGACAAAGGAAGUCGGAGAGGAGGUUAUCUCAACAUUGCAGAUACUGCCAACUUUACGAGAAGACUCUGGCUUCUUUUCCUGCCAUGCCCUUAACUCAUAUGGAGAAGACCGAGGAAUAAUCCAGCUCACUGUACAAGAACCUCCAGAUCCACCUGAGAUUGAAAUUCGUGGUGUAAUAGCACGCAGUAUUGCCCUAAGGUGGACAAUGGGAUUUGAUGGAAACAGUCCAAUUACAGGCUAUGACAUUGAAUACAAGAAUAAAUCAGAUUCUUGGGCUUCCGUUCAGAGAACCAAAGAUGUUUCCCCUCAGCUCAACCAGGCUACCAUCAUCGACCUUCACCCCUCAUCGACAUAUAAUAUUCGAAUGUAUGCAAAGAAUGGAAUUGGCAAGAGUGAGGCCAGCAAUGAGCUCACGAUCACAACAGAAGAAGCAGCUCCAGAUGGCCCACCUCAGGAUGUUCAGUUAGAAGCUAUAUCCUCACAGAGCAUAAAGGUCACUUGGAAAAGUCCAGAAAAGCAUCUGCAAAAUGGAAUAAUCCGUGGCUACCAGAUUGGCUUCCGGGAGUACAGCACUGGAGGGAACUAUCAGUUUACUAUAAUUACAAUUGACACCACGGGGGACAGUGAAGUUUACACUCUGGAUAACCUGAAAAAAUUCACCCAGUACGGCGUGGUUGUACAAGCCUGUAAUCGUGCAGGAACAGGGCCCUCCUCUCAGGAACUCAUUGCUACAACACUUGAAGAUGUGCCAAGUCGUCCACCUGAAAAUGUCCAAGCUUCUGCUAAAUCUCCAGAGACAAUCUCUUUGAGUUGGUCAACACCUUCUAAAGAAACACUAAAUGGUAUUCUGCUUGGAUUUCGAGUAAUUUAUUGGGCAAAUCUGCCAGAUGGAGAGUUGGGAGAAAUUAAGAAUGUUACUACCAUGCAACCUUCCCUUGAACUGGAUCGCCUGGAGAAAUACACGAAUUAUAGCAUCCAAGUACUGGCGUUCACUCGUGCUGGAGAUGGAGUGAGAAGUGAGCAGAUUUUUAUUCGCACCAUGGAAGACGUUCCAGGUCCCCCUGCAGGAGUAAAGGCAGCAGCAGCAUCUGGUUCGGUUGUUUAUGUGUCAUGGCUUCCACCCGUCAAACUAAACGGCAUCAUCAGGAAGUAUACCGUUUUCUGCUCUCAUCCUUACCCAACAGUAAUCAGUGAAUUUGAAGCAUCUCCCGAUGUCUUUUUCUACAAAAUACCCAAUCUGAGUCGUAACAGACAAUAUAGUAUCUGGGUGGUUGCUGUUACAUCAGCAGGGAGAGGAAACUCCAGUGCAAUUAUCACAGUAGAACCAAUAGCUAAAGCUUCUGCCAAAAUUCUUACAUUCAGUGGCACAGUUACCACACCAUGGAUGCGUGACAUUGUGCUGCCCUGCAAAGGAGUUGGCGAUCCAUCCCCAACUGUCAAGUGGAUGAAGGAUAGUAACGGGACACCCAGCCUAGUGAUGACUGAUGGGCGAAGGAGUAUCCAUAACAAUGGCAGUUUUGUAAUCCGUACUGUGAAGGCUGAGGAUUCAGGAUACUACCGCUGUGUAGCAAGCAACAACUGGGGAGCAGAUGAAAUUGUCCUGAAUUUGCAGGUCCAAGUUCCACCUGACCAGCCGCGGCUUACAGUUUCGAAAACAACCUCCUCCUCAAUCACACUGUCAUGGAUACCUGGGGAUAAUGGUGGAAGUUCUAUUAGAGGCUAUAUUCUUCAGUACUCAGAAGACAACAGUGAACAGUGGGGCAGCAUUCCCAUAAGUCCUAGUGAGCGUUCUUACCGGUUAGAGAAUCUGAAAUGUGGGACGUGGUAUAAAUUUACACUGACUGCUCAGAAUGGUGUGGGUCCUGGAAGGAUCAGUGAGAUUAUUGAAGCUAAAACAUUGGGGAAAGAACCACAGUUUUCAAAAGAACAAGAGCUGUUUGCUAGCAUCAACACAACUCGUGUUCGUCUGAACCUGAUUGGCUGGAACGAUGGUGGUUGCCCUAUCACAUCAUUUACUCUUGAAUACAGACCUGUUGGGACUGCAGUUUGGACAACAGCCCAACGAACUUCACUGUCAAAAUCAUACAUUCUUUAUGACCUUCAGGAAGCUGUGUGGUACGAACUGCAGAUGAGGGUGUGCAAUAGUGCUGGAUGUGCAGAAAAGCAAGCCAAAUUUGCAACACUCAACUAUGAUGGCAGUACAAUCCCUCCUCUAAUAAAAUCAGUGGUCCAGAAUGGUGAUGGACUGGCUACAAAUGAGGGACUUAAGAUGCUGGUCACCAUUUCCUGCAUCAUUGUUGGGAUCUUGUUGCUUUUUGUUCUUCUGAUGAUCUUAAGGAGAAGAAGAAGAGAACAAAGACUGAAACGACUCAGGGAUGCAAAGAGUCUAGCUGAAAUGCUAAUGAGUAAAAACACCAGGACAUCAGAUACACUGAACAAGCAGCAGACUCUAAGAAUGCACAUCGAUAUUCCCCGCGCUCAAUUACUAAUAGAGGAGCGGGACACUAUGGAGACAAUCGAUGACAGAUCCACAGUUUUGCUAACAGAUGCUGAUUUUGGAGACCCGUCAAAACAGAAGUCAUUAACAGUUACCCAUACAGUUCAUUACCAGUCAGUCUCACAAGCUACUGGCCCCUUAGUGGAUGUAUCCGAUGCACGCCCAGGAACAAAUCCCACAACUCGCAGAAAUGCAAAGGCAGGACCCACAACGAGGAAUAGAUAUGCAAGUCAAUGGACACUCAACAGACCCCAUCCUCCAAUAUCUGCACACACACUUACUACAGAAUGGAGACUAGCAACCCCUCGGCCUACAGGAUCAGUGGACAAAGAGAGUGACAGCUACAGUGUUAGCCCUUCCCAGGAUACAGACAGAGCAAGGAGCAGUAUGGUGUCCACAGAAAGUGCCUCAUCCACAUAUGAAGAGCUUGCAAGGGCCUAUGAACAUGCAAAGAUGGAGGAACAGCUGAGACAUGCCAAGUUCACAAUCACAGAGUGCUUUGUAUCAGACACAUCAUCUGAGCAGCUCACGGCAGGGACAAAUGAGUACACAGACAGUAUGACUUCUAGUACCCCGUCAGAAUCUGGUAUCUGCAGAUUCACUGCAUCGCCUCCAAAACCACAAGAUGCAGGACGGGUAAUGAAUAUGGCAGUCCCUAAAGCACAUCGACCAGGAGGCGAUCUUGUGCAUCUACCACCAUAUCUCAGAAUGGAUUUUUUAUUAAAUCGUGGUGUUUCAGGCCACAGUCGAGACUUAAGUUUAGGACAGACAUGCCUGGAACCACAAAAAAGUCGCACAAUGAAACGUCCACCAGUCUUGGAACCAAUACCCAUGGAAGCAGCCACACCCAGAGAAAUACAGUCAUGGCAGUCCAGUUCCACAGCAACAACAACAACAACAACAGCAACAACAACAACAACGACAACAACAACAACUAUACCUCAGCGAGAGGGGGCUGAACUAGGACAGGCAGCUAAAAUGAGUAGCUCCCAAGAAUCUCUUCUAGACUCCCGGGGCCACUUAAAAGCAAACAACCCAUACGCAAAGUCAUACACUUUAGUAUAACGAAGAGUGUGUGACUGGACAAUGGCUGUAAAUAAAUACUUUAAAAAUAAAUUAAAGCUACCUUUUUUUACUAAAUUUCAAUAUUUAUAAUUAAAGAAGAUUGCCAAAAUAUUAAAAAAAAAUAUGCAGACAGUGCAAAGACUUUCCUGCUAUUUUCUGUCUGGAUGUGAGAUACGUCUGACUGGAUGUCUGUUUCUUUUUUAAAUGUCCAGCCUUCCUACAUUUGCAGGUUGUUGAAAGUUUUUUUACUACAUUUCAUCCAAAAUAUAUGGGAGAUUGAUGAAGUCUUUUGAGUGAAAUGUAAACGACAAAAAACAUUAACAAAUCUUAUUUUCUUAAUAGAAAGGAAAACCAAAAUUCAUAGUCCUUGUGGAUCAAACAGGCAUCCUAUUGAUUCUGGAGAAAUAAGGUCUAUUAUCAUGACUGCACUUUUUUUUUAACUAGGAAACUGUUUUUCAUUAUUUUUUCCAUUUUUUAUUUAUUUUUUGUUUUUGGUUGUUGUUGAUGUUUAUUAGGAUGAGUGCUAUCAGUGCUGGGAAAUAGAUUUUUUUCUAAUUUAAUGGGACACUCUUUGCAUUUUGUCUAUGCGAAAUAAAGGAAGGGAUUUCUGCCUUUAUAUUUGCAUUCA